CAUGUCACUGUAAAGAUGAGACUUGGGAAGACGAGCCUUUCAGAGCGUCUGAAACUAACCAACUGCUCUGAUAUCAGUGGACCUCCAACUUCUGUCUUGUGUCAGCAGUGUAUCAAGGCUGGAUGUGGAUGGAACAUAAACAGAUGUUCAUGGUCUAAUGAAGGAGUGGAUAAUGACAAUGUUUGUCAAAAGUUGGAGCCUGGGAUGAACUUUUCUAAGCCAGAAAUCUCCUCCAUCUCUCCCAGUGUUGUGUCUUUCUACGGUAGAAACCAUGCCUUGUUGUCAGGUCAGAACCUCAUUAAUGUGACCAGAGUGAGGAUCCAGACAGACCUGGACUGUGCUCCACAAGAAUCUCCUGUAUGGAACAAGACUGGUGUGAGUCUGACGUUCCACAUUCCCACUACAGAAAAGAAAGGUUUUGUCAAAGCAUGCGUUCUACUGCCUGAUGGCAGUUGCCACGGCAACGCUAUAAUCACCUAUAGAUCAACACCAUCCUGCACCGACAUUGUACCAAGCAGCACCUGGGCCAGUGGGAAGAGGAAGGUCACACUCAUGGGGUCCCACUUGGAGUUUGUGGAAGGAAUCACACACAUCCACAGACAGACCGAAGUCCAACUUCCCACAACCAGCAGCAGUCAGGUGGGUCUUUAGACGUGAUGUUAUGGCUACUCUUGUGUUCAAAAAAUGAUGGUCAAAAACAUCAGAGUAGUUUGUGAGGAGGAGGUCGUGGACUCACUGAAAUAUAAGAACUCAUGGAGAGACAGUUUCCACAAAAGGAUUGCAAUUCAUUUACAUAACAAAAAUUAUCUCUGGGUUGACUUCAAUCAAAAACAAAUAAAUGUAAGUUAGAAGUCAAAAAACUGUUUCACUCCUUUGACACGA